CAAACUGACUGUGUUAUCAGUUAAAUCGAAAAACGACAAAAAACGAAAAAAUGGAGCUUUCCAGAAGCCUGAUUUUCAGUGUCAUUGUGGCAGCUUUAGUGUUGACAGUUCAAAGUCAACAAUACGUCCCGAUUCAAGUUCUGUUUCCAGUAAAUUCUUCAUAUCCUUUGUAUCAGAAUUAUUCGGGAUACAGCAAUUCUCAAUACAACAUCAGCAACUUCAACUCCAGCACGGGAUACAAAUUCAACCAAACUUAUCCGAAAUACAAUUCCACUUAUCCAGGUUUUAAACCAAACUAUACUAACCCCGGAUAUAAUUAUAGUUACCCUGGAUACAAUUCCAACGCAACGAAAAAUAACUUUUUCAAUCAGUACUACGCUAACCAGUUUCCUGGACACAACGUCACCUUACCAACAACUUAUAACGAAACCUAUGAUGGACACCUGUUUCAAGGACUUAUCCAGAGAUACGACAGAUUAUUAUUCAACCAGACGUACCGCAGAGAAGCAAAAUGGUUCGGCUACAACGACGUGAGCGUUAAAUAUCCCACAGGAGGCUACAACGGAUUCGAAAUUAUCUCGGCAAUCAGAGUCUACAACCGAUUCCUGGACGGAACAUCCUGUACAGCUAGAGUCGUAACUGGCGGAGUCGGUUACCAAUACGUCAAAAUCAAACUAAGCUCCAGUUGGAGACGGGGAUUUUUGUACAACGUACAAAUAUUUGGCCAUUAAAACGGUUAUUAUGUAAAGAGUAAUUCACAAUGUCAACAUAAAAAUUACAAAAUAAAACGUUAGAUACUAUAGACUGGAAAUCGAUAUAGUAAAUAGCUCUACAUUACGAAAUUGUUACGUAAAAAAUAUCAGAAAAUUAAUAUCAGAAACUGGUGUAAUAUAAAGAAUAAAUAAACCAA